UUUAUAUUAUUUGUUUGGGCCAAUCUAUCGCUUGGCACGGGGCGGAAGGCGACUCGGCGGCGAGGAGGAGGGGGGGAUUUUUUACGAGCGGAACGUAGCGGUUCGAGAACCACGAAGGGCUCGUUCGCGCGUAUAAGGAACGUCAAACGCGUAAAAGAUAUGGACACGCUAUUACCGUCGAAAACGGUUGGGAAAUCCGAUGUACACCAGCAGGACGGAGAAAGUCAGGAGAAGUGAGAUCAUCGUACCAAUCAACCAGUCAGUAUCCGCAAAAUAAAUCUCGUCGAUUUUCAUCAGGAUGGAAGUUCACUUUACUCCCCAUUUUCUGGUUGUGUUUUCCGAAUCAAGGCGCACAUUUCCCAUUUCUCUUUGCAAUCACGCAAAUGACUCACUCGAAAAUGUAAAAAAUCUUUGAAUUCGAAGUGUAUUUCUACUUCGAAGUGUCAGUGAAGCAAGAUUUCGGAUUCGAAGUGAAUUUCGAUUUCGAAGUGUCAGUGAAAUAAGAUUUCGGAUAUCGGAAGUCUGACGAUAUUCGGAGGCGCUUAUCAAGGACCGAUACGUAAAGGCCAUCGAAGUUGUCAUCAAAGGCGGCGCAAUUGUGGAGAGUUCGUCCGUCGAUAGGGGGGAGCUGCUGCGGCAUCGUCGUGUAAAUGCUGCGACGACGGCCAACGCCUUUAUGAAUUACACAUCCACGGACAGAUCCAGGAUGGUUUCGCACAUCAUUCCGGUUUCCGGGGAGCUGCAGCAGGGAAAUGGCAAUCUGGGUGCUACGGGACUCAGCGGCAUGCAGGACUCUCCUCAUUCCCUGAAGAUCAAACAGGAGCCGUUUCAGCUGUCGCCGCCGUCGCCCUUGCCGCCCCUUCAUCAAGUGAGUGGCUUCGAGCUGCAGAGCGGCUGCAUCGGGGGUAGCACGAAGGACCUGGAUACCUCGGUGGCCGGCAACUUGGGCCGCGGUCUGACGUCGCACCACGUCUCCUUGAGCCAUCACCAUCCUCAUCACAGCCUGCAACACAGCCCCAACUCCGUCGUGGUCUCCAUGCACUCGUCCGCCAACACGACGCACCAUCAUCUGGCUGACGACAAAGGCUCGUCGCCCGUAGGCGGCCUUCACAGCACCACCAAUAGCAACCCUUCCACACCGUCCGCACCAUCCACGCCGAACGCUGCCACGGACAGCACCGCGUCGGCCGGCGUGUCCGGCACGAACAACGCCAACGGCACCGGCGGCACCUCCGCCAACAGCAAGCCGCCCUUCAGCUACGUCGCCUUGAUCGCCAUGGCGAUUCAGCACAGCUCGCAGAAGAGGGCGACCCUCAGCGAGAUCUAUGCCUACAUCACCGCUAAGUUCCCGUACUUCGAAAAGAAUAAGAAGGGCUGGCAGAACUCCAUCAGGCACAACUUGUCCUUGAACGAGUGUUUCGUCAAGGUGCCGCGGGAAGGCGGCGGCGAGAGGAAGGGCAACUUCUGGACUCUCGAUCCGCAAUACGAGGAUAUGUUCGAGAACGGUAAUUACCGGAGGCGAAGACGAAUGAAGCGUCCUUACAGAAACGCGCCGUACCACAAGCCGCUCUUCGGCGAUCCGUUCUCGACGACUCAUGUGCACUUGGGGCCGAGGAACAUUUUCGGCCACUCACCCCCUUCAUAUGCCCCCACCACUUACACGCGAUACGACACGAGCGCGUGGAGCCUCCAGCAAUCGCAACUCUCGUACAGCCAUUGCCAAUCGUUGCAGCCUCAAUUGCAGCCGAUGCAGUCGAUGCAAAUCCCGGCUAUGAAUGGCUACAGUCAACUGGGUACCUCCUUAACGUUUCAAGGCAAUUACCUGGAUGUUCCAGGUGGCACGACCGGGUCUCCCGGUUCCAUGGGCGGCGGUUCCUUCGGCAGCAGUUUCGCCACGUGCGGUAGGAGGCACGACGCUACGAUGGCGACGGAAACGAUGCCCAGCAGAUGCUACUGGCCAGAGAUGGUGAACGUGAAGGAGGAGCCCGGGAGUAACGCGGUCUCGGCCAGCGGCGUCGGUGGCGUCGGCGUCCCGUCCGGUAUGAUGGGCUCCGCGGCGUCGUCGGGCGUCUCCACGACGGGCUUCGCACCUGUGGAGUUCCAAACGCGUUCCAAGUGCUUUAUGUGAACUCGUCGGGCUCACCGAGUUGCGGGACGAGCGUGAUCGGGGAGAUCCGCGAUCGUCGUACCUAUAUUUAAUGGAUGUCGAAUCGCCGACGAUGGAUUUCGCUGUCGACGAGCGCGCGCACUCCGAGCACUUGGACGUCGCGGAUCGAAGGUAUAACGAAUAUAUCCGAUAAUUACGAUUUACGAUAUUAUUGGAUGAUUGUUUCGCGAACUUAAUCGCGCAAGGAAAUAGCGUAAACGUUAAAAUGACUCGUGUAAUUUCCGUUGUCGUGAUUAACUCGGUGUUAAAAAAAUAAAGUGGACUCAGCGCCGCACUUACCUUUACCUUCAGCCCUAGGCGUUCCACGUGUCUUCGCGUACGUCACCGCGGACGUGUGAGUUAAGCAAGGCUCGUGUGUGUCGUGUCUCUCGUAGUAACUUGCGAUUCGGUCGUCAAGAUUUCCGCGACGACCCACAAUCAGCGCCUAGCGCGGGAAAGUGCGGCUCUGAGACGCAUGCUCGCACGUACAGUCGGCGUCAUGACUUUCGCCAAAUUCUGAUUAAGCUAAUCGACGAAUAAUAAUAUUAUUUAUAUAAUAAUAAUAAUGUAAUAUAAUAAUAAUUGCCAGCAUUAGUUUCCGGUUCUGUAAUUUGUCGUUCAACAACAUUCGAAGAAUUCAUCAUUUCCAUGAGAUAGAGCAGGUAACACUUGACUGACGGCAAUUUUAAGCUGUCGAUCGGCUUAAUCGGAUUUCGGGGCCACCCUCACACUACUGUAAAUGCACUCGAAUGCUGUUAUACGUAAGCAAUAUGCAAUGCACGAUUACAUCGUCGGAUAUGAUUCCGGGAGAGAAGAAUUGCUGAUAUAUUGCGAACGAUUGUAGAACGAUCUCUUAACUUUGUCCCGUUUUCACGAUCUCCCCUUGGAGAUACCUCUAUCUUCAUUUUCGACUGCUAGACAGUAUUCAAUAUCUUGAUGAGGAGCGAGGAGGAAAGAGAGAGAGAGAGAGAGAGAGCGUCCGUUUGGCGAGAAUGAGAUUCGAAAUUUCUUCUCCAUCUUUUCCGAAUAAUUAAACAUGAGAAUUGCAACGCGCGAAAGGUUUCAUCGCGCUGAGCGACCCUUCGCGCUCGAUGCUUAUUUAAUAUGUUGACUGGCCAAGAGCGAGCUUUCCGUGUCUUGUAUAUCGUCUACGCUACAAUAACGUUUUUAUUACCUUAAGCAUAUAAUGCAUAUAUAAUAAUAAAAUAUUGUGUAAUAUAUAUGAUUAAAUAAAAAAAAAGUAUAUAUAUGUAUA